UCGCCAAUUUCUGCACCUUUGGAUGAUGCGAGACAGGAAUAAAAGCAAGGAGUUCUCGCCGUUUUUACUGAGCUUCCAUCGUUUAGCAGGGACGUUUCAGCUGCGUAAUCGAACGUUUCACUUUGUCGUUUUUCUUGAGCGUGCAGUAAGUGCCAAUUUCGGCGCCUUACACCAUUCAUCGGAUCUUGUUGUACAAUUCCCUCGGAGCAGCGAGAAUGAGUGAUCCCAGGUUGAGGAAUCUCAAAGUGAAGACCGGCGUAGUGAAACGGCUGUUUAAAGAGAAAAUUUCCUACGAGAAAGAAAUGGAGAAAGAACGGCAAAAGCUUAAUGGGAUGAAGCAGAAAGGAGAAGACGAAUACCGUGUAAAGAAGCAGGAAGAAGUGGUGCAAGAAUGCCUUAUGAUGAUCCCUAAUUGCAAAAUCCGUCUUUCCAAUGCGUGGACCGAUCUCAAAACAACUUUGGAUUCCGAACCGGGCUUCAGUAACACGGAAGAGUACCGAGAGGCCAAGAAAGUACUGGAUGAAGUGGAACCAAAUCUGCGUUAAAGCAUAUCCCCCGAGAAGGAAAUGUGUGAUUGAUAAUUGUAUGAUAUAUUCAUUCCACAAGUUAGACCCGCCAACAAGAGACCCCAUUGUAACCUGACUGCUUUGGAAUGCUCCUAGUCGUUUCCUUCUGUUGUCUGUAUUUCCAAACCCAACGGUAUCGUAUGUUUUACGAGAACGCCUAACCUACGUGGGUACUUACUUACACGUUUGAUUCCUUGAUUUUGGUUGUCUUUUUUCCCGUGAUGUCAUUUUUCUUACGUAAAAAAUUGCUGUCAUUGUUCGUGUAAUCACCGUUUACGCACGCACCUCCGCCGAAGUCACGAACGUGCGAUUUUCCACAUUGGUUUAGAGGAUGUAAUAUCUUGCAAAGCUGUCAGUUUUUUUUAUUGUAAAGAUGAACGCCACGACGAUGUGGUGGUGGAGAUUUUAAGCAGCAUUAUCAUGGUUUCUUUUGAGGUGUUUUAUUAUGUUAAAAACUAUCUAUUAAAUGUCCGUUUUGGG